AUGAAUGUGCUUGCUUGGAAUGUCCGGGGUCUGACGGACGAAUCUAAGCGUCUCCUCUGGGAACACUGUCGUACUUUCUUUCCGAUUAUUGUUGGUAUUAUUGAGCCAAAGUCGGAUUUUCGUUAUACUAACUCUAGCUUUUGGUCUUCUCUUAAUUUGAUUCCUGCUUUCCAGAAUACGCGGCAUAACAGGUGUUCGAACAUUUGGGUUUUUCAUCAUCCUGAUGUGUUUUUCAGAUUGGUUUUCUCUUCGGAUCAGACGGUCAUUGCGGAUUGUCAUUGGAACUCUCUGGAUUUCCGUUUGGCUCUUGUUCACGGCGCUUCUACUCAUGUUGAGAGGAGGACUUUGUGGGCUGAUCUUAUUGGUUUUUCUGCUGACAAUAUGGUGAUUUUAUGGGAUUUUAAUGCCGUUAAAGGAGCACAUGAAAGGAUUAGCAGUUGUAUGCCUAGUCAGACUUCUUGCAGAGAGUUCUGUGACUUUAUCGAUGACAUUGGCUUUAUUGAGUCGUCUACUUCUGGCCUUCGGUUUACUUGGUCUGGACGUCGCUUUAUGCCUCGACAUGUGGAGUCCUUUCUCGAUCGUGCUCUUUACUCGGAGUCGUUUUCUUCUUUGUGGCACUCUGUUCAUACUCUGAACUUGGCUAGGUUAACUUCGGACCAUUCUCCGAUUGUGUUUCAGUGCAGUUUGCCGCCGCAAACCAGACAUAGAUUCUUCAGAUUUUUAAACAUGUGGGCGAUGCAUCCGGAUUUUCAUGCUUUAGUGGAGGAUUCUUGGAGACCGGAUACCGGGAAUUUGUGCCCGAUUUAUAAGUGGAUGGAACCCAGAGAAUUGAUGGAUAUUCAGAUGAAUAUCUCAAUUCAUGGUUAUACGGACGAGCUGUUUGACAAGGAGGUUCAGGCUCAGGCUAAAAUUAAUGUUGCUCUGUCUCGUAAGAGUUGCUUGCUUCAGCAGAAAAGCCGUGUCUCGUGGCUUAAGGAUGGGGAUAGGAAUACUGAUUUUUUUCAUGCUACGCUUCGCUAUAAGCAUAAACCAAAGGCUAUCUCGCAGCUUAUGAUUGAUGGGACCAGGGAGUCUAACCAGGACAAGAUUGGGGAUCACAUUGUUGAUUAUUUCACCACUCUCUUUACUGAUGAUAGUGGCUCUGCUGUUGGCAUUGAGGCGAUUGAGGCUGUUAUUGAUCCUGUUAUUUCUGACGCUCACAAUGCGGUGCUUUCUGCUUCUCCUUCUGAUGAAGAGAUUACUGCUGCGGUGUUCAACAUGGAUGCAGAUAGCUCUCCAGGACCCGACGGUUUCUCUGGAAAGUUUUUUCAGGUUUGUUGGUCUAUUAUCAAGCAUGACAUCUGGGAUGCGGUUCGUACCUUUUUUCUGAAGUCUUAUCUUCCGACGGGAUGCAAUUCCAGUACUCUCAUUCUUAUUCCGAAGAAAGAAAACGUCAUCUCUGUUUCAGAUCUUAGGCCGAUUGUUCUCUCCAAUUUCUUGUUUAAGAUUAUCUCGAAAGUGUUGGCUUCGAGGCUCAGUGUGAUUGCGGCUCAUUAUGUUUCGCAUAAUCAAUUUGGGUUUAUCAGUGGUCGUUCUAUUCAUGAUUGCAUUCUGAUGGGAUCUGAAGGUUUUAAUUGUAUGAAGCGGACGAGCAGAGGACAGAAUAUGGCCUGCAAAAUUGACAUCCGUAAAGCUUUUGAUACUCUCCGUUGGGAUUUUCUGGUGAAUGUUCUUCAUGUGAUGGGUUUUGACGUUAGAUUUAUUGAUUGGAUCAAGGUCAUUCUUACUUCUGCCCGAAUAUCCAUUCUUUACAAUGGCAAGCUUUAUGGUUAUUUUGGAUGUUCGCGUGGUGUGAGGCAGGGGGACCCUCUCUCUCCUAUUCUCUUUGGGAUUGCUGAGGAUGUCCUGAGCGCUCUUUUUCACAACUGUGUUACUUCUGGUCAUCUUACUCCCAUGACUAUGACUCGUUCAAAGCUUUUCCCCACGCAUCUCCUUUAUGCUGAUGAUAUUUUGGUUUUCUGUAAGGCCUCUGUACGGAAUGCGAAGACGAUUAAGAAGAUUCUUGAUUACUAUAGUUGGAUUUCUGGGCAAAUCUGUAGCAGUGAUAAGUCUCAUAUCUAUUUUUCUACUAAAGUUCACGCCGUCACUAAGCGUUCAAUUCUGAGAGAAUUGAACUUUGUGAAGAGUGUGGCCCCCUUUACCUAUUUGGGAGUUCCGAUCUUUGACGGGCGUGUCCGUGCUUCCUACUUCAGACCGAUACAUGAUCGGAUUAUAGCCAAGUUUUCCAGAUGGCGUGGGCGUCUUCUUUCUAUGGCGGGUCGUCUUUGUCUGGUUAAGUCGGUCAUUCAGAGCUCUAUCACGCAUUCUAUGAUGGUGUAUAAAUGGCCUAGAUCUUUGCUGAAAGAUUUGGAUGAUAAGUGUCGCAAUUUCAUUUGGACGGGCGACAUUAGAAAGACUCCUUCUUGUUCGGUUAGCUGGAACCGUGUUUGCGCCAUCAAAGAAGAGGGGGGUCUUGGCGUCCGAUCCUUUUCCUUAAUGAACAAGUGUUUUUUGAUAAAGAUGGCGUGGAAGCUUAUCUGUGGUAAAGAUUUUGGGUUUUCGAUUCUGCAGGAUCGUUACUUGGAUAUCUUCAGCCAAGUGAGAUGUGAUUCGAUCUCUUCGUCGGUUUGGCUUGGUCUCAAGGACGAAGUGAGAGAUUUGGUGGAGAAUUCUUACAGCUAUAUUGGUGAUGGCACGGCCACGAAUUUCUGGUGUGAUGACUGGCUGGGUUACAGAAUUCAUGAGAAAUGCAAGAUUCCUCAUUAUAUUCUUGAUUUGCUCGGAUAUUCUGUGGCUGAUUACUUCUAUGAUGGGGUGUGGCAUUUCACUCAGGAGUUUAUUAAUGCUUUCCCUGAGAUUGUUGGGGAUAUUUUGGUGCUUCCUAUUGGCAAGGAGUCUGACACUCGUUACUGGAAACCUUCUCUUCAUGGAACGGUCACUGCUGCUCUUGCGUUUGCUAAUCACUGUCAUCGUUUUCCUCGCGUCAGCUGGGGAUCUUGGAUUUGGAAGCCCUAUAUUCCUGUCAGACGUUCCUUAGCCUGCUGGCGGAUUCUUCAUGAUCGGCUUCCUACCUAUGAUCGCCUGAUUAGACAUGGUAUGAUCAUGCCAAACCAUUGUGUUUUUUGUUUCUCCUCGAGUGAAACUAUGGACCAUAUCUUAUGGUCUUGUGACUGCGUUAGACCUAUUUGGCUGGAGUUCUUGAGUUGGUUUCAAUUGACGGAGGCUGCUGAUGCUGUUGAUAUGCAUAGUUUUUUUGUUCGCGCCUGGUGUUAUAAGUUCAGCUCUCAGCUGGAUUGUUAUUGGCGUGCUGGAAUUAUUACUAUCUUAUGGGCCAUUUGGACUCUGAGGAACUCUUGCAUCUUUGAUAACAAGAUUUUUGAACAAAGGCGGAUCAUCCAUUUUGUCAGAGUUGCUUUUAAAGAGAUGGAGAAUAGCUUUAAUCUUGGUCAUAUGAAUAAUUCUUGGAAAGAUUAUACUAUUCUCAGAUCGAUUGGAGUUGCUACUCGUGCUGCUCCUCCUCCGGACUUCAUUGCUGUGCACUGGUGGCCUCCGGUGUCUCCUUGGAUUAAAGUUAACACGGACGGCUCUGCGAUGGGAGCCCCGGGUAAUAUUGCGGCUGGUGGUGUCUUCCGUGAUAACUUUAGUUGGGUUCGUGGUUGUUUUCAUUACAAGGGGGAGUUGGCUUUGCUUUUGAAGCAGAGCUCCUUGCGGUUAUCAAAGCCAUUUUCAUUGCUCAUGAUCGGGGUUGGCUUCAUUUAUGGAUUGAGUCUGAUUCUAUGUAUAUCGUUCAUUUGCUUGAGGAGUGAUCGACCGCGGUGCCUUGGCGUUUCAUCGCUCUUUGGAAUAAAGUGCUUCAUCUCCUUCCUGAUUUUACUCUUCAGAUUUCCCACAUUUAUAGAGAGGGAAAUAAAGCUGCAGAUAUUAUGGCCAACUAUAGUAGAGAAGAAGGCUGGUGGCCGUAUGCUAUUGAGGAGAUUAAAGUUGCCGUGCGUCUUGAUAUGGCUACUCAUAGUCAUAUUCGUAUGCGCUGAUGGUUUUCUUUUGGUGGUUAUGGUGUGGGAAUGUUCCAUAUGGUUUUUUUCAGUUAUCUGGCGCACUAGAUACUGGGUCAUAUGGAGUCGGGUUCCGUUGGUUGCGUCGUGGCAAUGCCUUUGCCAGCGACAUGAGUACUCAGGAAAGACCCUUGGUUUGGUCUUUGUCUCUGCCGUUUCCUUCGUUGAUGAUGGUGGAGCUGCCUUUCGAUACUGGGUCAUAUGGAGUCGGGUUCCGUUGGUUGCGUCGUGGCAAUGCCUUUGCCAGCGACAGGAGUCUUCAGGCAAGACCCUUGGUUUGGUCUUUGUUCCUGCCGUUUCCUUCGUUGAUGAUGGUGGAACUGCCUUUAGGGAAACGAGCCGGGUCUGGUUCAGGGCGAUGGUUAGGCCGGAGUUCUGGAAGCGGUCCCUUUCCGCUCUUUUCCCUUUGCUGGCUCUGUUUUAG